GAAAAUACUUCGUUGAAUGUGGACGUGUUGCAGUCGCAGUUGAAAGAUCAAAGAUUUUAACGAAAGCAUUAAACAAGCGACAAUUUAUUUCGUAAAUAUUUAGUAAUAAUAAAAGUCGCGUGUGCUGUGCAUGAGUUUUGUUUGAGUAUUUAUUACAAUUACAAUUUUUUUCACGUGCUCUUUUUGUGUGCAGUGAAAACACUACGAAAAAAAUAUAAAUAUAAAUAAAUAAUAAAUAAAAAAUAACAUUUCGCGAGUGAGAACAUUAAGAAUGAGAAUGAGGCUAAUCUGACCCUGACCCUGAUCCCCGAUAUUGACACCGAUCCUGAUCUUGAUCCUGGUCCAUUGUGCCUUAACCAGUGACAACGAACUUUUAGUGCGUUACAUUGUUCGAGAUGCAUGCAACAGUUGCAGUUGCAAGUCGCGUGCUGCUGCUGCUCGCCAGCCUUGUGCUGCAGUGCAACGAUAGAGCCGAAGCGGCCAACAGCGUUGGCAGUAGUGGCAGCGUUGCCAACUCAAAUGGAUUACAAUGCCAACGGAUUGCAGUAUCCGCCUGCCAGGGACUUGGCUACAAUAUGACCGCAUUGCCCAAUCUAGCCGGUCACACCAAUCAGCUGGAGGCUGAGCUGCAGAUUGCCAAGCUGGUGCCGCUGAUCGAAUCCGGCUGCUCGAAGCGAGCACGUUUCCUACUCUGCUCGGCGCUGUUUCCGCUCUGCAGUCCGGAUGUGCCACGACCGGUGACCGCCUGCAAGUCGCUCUGCGAGACCGUGAAGGGGGAAUGUGAGGCGAAUGCGACGCCGGAGCUGAUGCAGCUAUGGCCGCAGUUUCUCAGCUGCGAUUCGUUGCCACAGCCGGAGAAUCACGAACUCUGCAUGCAAAUACCGCAGGAGACGGCGGCCAGCGAGGGAGCACAGACGGCAGCCGAGGGAGCAGCGACAUCCACAGGAGCUGCAGCUGGAGCUGGAGCAGGAGGAGGGGCAGGGGCAGGUGGAGGAGUAGGAGCAGCAAGUGUUGCCGCAGAGCCACCACAGCAGCAGCAAAUGUAUUGGUCCUGGAUGGCCUGGAAGAUGUCCUCGCAGCUGGGCAAAUCGCAGGCGAGCCAUAGUCAGCCACGUGUUGAUGGCAUCAUCCACUGUCCGCAGAACUUCAGUGGCAAUCCGCUGAACGGCGAGGAGUGUCUGCCCCAAUGUCAACGCGACGCGUUCCACACGACGCAACAGAAGAAACUAACGGAGAGUCUCAUCCUGGGACUGUCCGCCGUCUGUUUUGUCCUCACGCUCUUCGCACUUGUCACUUUCUGGGCGGAGCCCACGCGAUUUGGUUACCCGGAGCGACCGGUGCUCUUCCUCUGCCUGUGCUACAAUCUGUUUAGUGUCUGUUACCUGGAACGCAUCGUGUUCCAUCAGUCACGUAGCCUGGCCCUGUUGCAGGAACCGGGACGUGGAGGAGGACGCACGCCAUGUGCCUUGACGCCGCCCUGUUUGGCCUCGUAUAUCAGCACCUCGUAUCUGAGUCUGUGCGCCGCCAGCUGGUGGUUAAUCUUCGCCCUCUGCUUCUAUCUGUCCUCGCACAAGAAGUGGUCAAGCGAGGCGCUGGAGAAGCGCUCCGGAUUGUUCCAUGUCCUGGCCUGGGUGCCGCCAUUGGCGCCUCCCAUUGCCGCCCUGCUCCUGGAGCGUGUGCGUCCCAGUGAGCUGACGGGCAUGUGCACGGCACCGGGAUUUGUCGAGCUGCCGGCAUUGGCAUUGCUCCUGCUGGGGCUCUAUUUCACGUUGCGUGCCUCACGAUCGCUGCACAGCUUGCAACAGCAGCUGCAACCGACGGUGGCACAUCAACGAUUCGCCCAGAUUCGCAAGCGUUUCGUCAUCUUCUCGCUGCUGUUCUUUGUGCCCACGGCAGCUGGUGUUGUUGCCGCACUCUGUGAACGCUUCGUAGAUGCCGUGCCCAGUUGCAGCACGCCGGAGGAUUGCCCGCAGCCGGAUCAGCUGAGUGCCUGGCCAGCAUUGGUGCGCAUCUUCUUUCAACUCGUCGGCGGCACCUUGACCGGCAUGUGGGUUUGGUCCCGCAAAACCUGCGAAAGCUAUCGCAGUCGCCUCGUCGCCGGCUCGCCAACGUCAUCCCUGAUGACGCAACACAAGUCAGCAGCCGCAUCACUGCCCAAGAAGCAUCUCUAUGCCAGUGGCAAGUCCAUGCUUGUCCCUGCACCAUCGGCAUCCUCGCAGGCGCCUCUUUAUGCCGGCAUCAGUUUCCACAAUGUGCCCGUCUAUAACCCCAAUCAGUCCAGGGUAUAGAUCGAUCCAGCAUAUCGUGUAUUCAUACAUAUCCAUAUAUUAUGUGUGGCCUUUUUAUGCUUUAAGCUUGGAUCUAAAAUAAUAGCUCCCUAAGUAGGACCCUAAAUGAAAUGUGUUAAUAGCUUUAAAUACAAUUUUAAGUAAUUUUUUAAGUACA